GUGUGGCGGCUGCUUCACCCAACCCCCACUCCCGCAGUCCCUCCCCAGGUGGGCGACAUGUUGCCGCCGCCGGCGGCGCCGCCGCUCGACGACGAGAACCUACUCACCGAGAUCCUCCUCCGCCUCCCGCCGCUCCCGUCCUCCCUCCCGCGCGCAUCCCUCGUCUGCAAGCGCUGGCGCUGCCUCACCUCCGACCCAGCCUUCUCCCGCCGCUUCCGCCUCCACCACCGCCGCAACCCUCCCCUCCUCGGCUACUUCCACGGAGUUUUUGACGAGAUCCCCUUCGAGCCUAUCCGCUUCGAGCCUACUCUGGAGGCCCCCAAUCGCGUUCCGCCCGGGCGCCUCUCCUUGCAGUCUGACUCCAACCUCCAUGUACUGGGGUGCCGCCAUGGCCUCGUAUUAAUCUUGGACUGGCCCCAGCUCCUGGUAUGGGACCCCGUCGCCGGCCACCAGCACCGCCUAGCCUAUCCCCCGGGGUUCGAUCCGGACAAGUCCAACGGGGCGGUGCUCCGCUCUGCCGCCGGUGCCGGCGAGGUUCACUUCCAGGUCGUCUUGGUCGUCGUGUCAGAUUAUGAGGAGAAGUUGCUCGCCUGUGUCUACUCGUCAGAGACUGGGGCGUGGGGUUCUCUAAUCUCAACACCAACUCCAUCCGGGAACUCCCCUGACAGUGACACCAGGGUUUGGUGGGAGCCCGCUGUGCUAGUUGGGGAUUCCCUUUACUGGAUGAUCGCCGAUACUACUUUGUCCAAUUUCCUUGAGUUCGAUUUGAAGACGGAGAGCCUAGCCGUGAUGCAGCUGCCACCGGAAAAGUCGUGUGAUGCAGAAAGUGGGGUUAGUCACGAGCACUUCACUGUCAUGCAGGCAGAGGGUGGUGGUGGGCUCGGCUUGCUCUCUGUGUCAGGCUUCACCGUCCAAUUAUGGAAGAGGAAGACCGGUUUCGAUGGCGUUGAACUGGACAAGCUUCUCUCUAUGGAUUCACAGGAUUUCUUGACCAUACAAGGGUAUGCCGAGGACAAUAAUUUGGUGUUCCUGUGGACCGGUAGGAGCGUCUUCAUGGUCAAGCUUGAGCCAUUUCAGUGCGAGAAACUUUUAGAUACCAACAAGUGGGAUCGUUAUUAUCCAUUUGAAACCAUCUAUGCUGCAGUGUAAAAAAGCUGGCAUCUACUUUCUACCGAAGGGGAGUUUUAAUUAAUAAGACCCCUUGCUUGAGGAUUCUACAUGAUGAAUUUGAUUAAAUUCAGUUAGUUGGUGACUAGCGAGCUCGUACAUUUCUGAAAGAUAUGCCUAUGAGCUAACCUGAUGCUUCUGCUAUUCUACUCCACAUGAGCCCAUCAUAUGUCCAUGAUAAUGAAGAAUAUUUCAAAUUUUCAAUUGAAUUCAUAAGCUAAAUGGUUUAGCAUUUGCCUCUGAAGUACGGGUUUGAACAAUUGGUAAAGUCUCUAGUGAGAGAAGAUCAGAAGAUGGCAAAGAUACUCGAGAAUGUGCUAACAUUAGAAGUUGAAAGUGUGCCACUACAUCACAAAUUACCUAUUGAUAAUCUCUGUUUCCAUUGUUGUUUUCCCCAACAAUACCGAGAUGAUUCAACUUUGGUGUUUACUGUUUACUGUUUGAA